CUACGCCGAAUCUGAUCGAGCCUGAACCGAGCUGAGCCGAGCCCAACCGAGCCAUUCCGAGCGGAUAGCCUCGGCCGGAUUCGGCGUGUAAACCGAAGAGCCACGAUCGCGAUCUCGAAUUUUCCGUCGACCUCCCGAAAGUGGCCGAAAGUCGCGCAAAUCAUGCACCACUAUCGCGACCCCGCUUAGACGGCUUAAGUUCCAUGAAACGUCACUGUGACGGGACUGCAGUGGCUGGAAAGGACGUGCGUACAUAUGUUUAUGAACGUUCUAAUGUUGGUACUAUCUGUCGCUACGCGCGAGAGAAUACGAUACGGCGAUCAUCGCUGGUCACUGUCAUUUAUUGAUUUCCUGGCUUUAUAGAUAUAUAUUUCUCGCAUAAAUACCGCGAGACACGAUGUGCCGGCACGAUUGAGCAGGUACUUGUCGCUCGAGGACUCUCGUUUUGAUGAAGUCCGCAGAAAGUUCUUUGCGCGAGAAAAGGAAGACAGGAAAGACAGAAUUGUUUUUCGUGCGAGAGCAAAAGAAUGAAAUGCCAUUAGGAAAAAAAGAAAAAAAAAAGAUCGUCAGGGGAGCCCGAAUAUAAAUUUACGAAUGAACAUGUUUCGGAAGAUUAUACGCUUCCGCGAUUUUUGUGGGGAUGUGACGUACUUCGCGGAAUUGAAAUAAUUGAAUUCCGCGUGGAUCGACGAUGAACCCCUAUGUGUUUUUUUAUAUUUAGAGAUGGCUGACGCAGAUCCACAAUUUAAACGCCUUUUACUGCCAGCAGAGGAAACUCUAUUCGAACAGUUGCUGAGAUUCGGCCUUUAUGUAGGUGCAGUAUUCCAAAUCAUGUGCUUGUUAGCUAUAGUCGUGUAUCAGGCUGGUCCAUCCGAUGGUGUAGCAGCUUUAAAGGAUGAUCCAAGUGAUGUUGAAUGUUCCGAAAACAGUCCUCAAGUGACGCCAAGAAGACCUCAUCGGCCACGGAAGCAGGAGAAAAAAAAGAGGCGUUGAACUGUUUACAUUUCCUGCGACAUUACUUUGAUAUUAAUCUCAUAAUCUUACAUCAGAUGUUUUCCAUUUGGUGACACAAGUUUUGUCUCUGUUACUCAUGAAACGUAAAAAAAAGAAAUAGGACGACUUUUUUUGUAUCUAUGACUAUAUUCCUUAAAUGUAAAA